AUGCCGCCGGCGAGGAGGGCGCUCAACCUCAACGCGCUGGCCGACGACAUGCCGGACCUCGACCGCCACAUGGGCUGCAUGGCCGGCAUCUUCCAGAUCUUCGACCGCCAGCGCCUGCUCACCGCCGCGCCCCGCGGUGGGCGCCAGCCGCGACACAAGAGCCUGCCUCCACCUCCCAAAGGCCGUACUCCGCCAAAAAGCAGCAGCAGCAAUGUUCCAGCGCAGACCUCAAGUACCCCAAAGAUCAUUCUGGAGAAAACAUUCAGCAAAAGCAUGACCGAGAACAGUAGCCUCUCAAUAGAGUCAUCGAGAGCUUCUUGUUCUUCCUCUUCCUGCUCAUCCUUCUCAUCAAUCGAUGCCAGCAAAUCAGUCCAACAGGAGACUCCAUACAUCAACGAGGAACCCUUUGUGCAGAGACCACUGAAGAACUCACCAAGUCUCAAGGACGCUAGCGCUGACACCAAGACCGGGCAACCGAACGAGGUUGGUUUCAGGGACAUCGUGAAGGACUCCAUCAACCGAGACUCUGGUGGCCUAACUGUGAAGACUUCAGCUUUGGAGCCAAGAAAGAACAUGCAGUACAAAGACUCGCCGAGGCCAUUGCUUCUCUCUAAGUCGAUGGACGGGACCUACGUCAUCGGCAUCGAUAGGAGCAGCAAGGUCGUCCCUGUGAACGUCGUCGAACCAAGCAGGCGUUUCCAGGAGCAUUCACGCUUCUCAUGCGAUGAUCGGCGGCUCCUGCGGUCGGCAGAAACCCAAGAAGCCAAGAAGCCUGCUCCCACACGGGCCAAAGAGCUUCCCAGACUGUCCUUGGACAGCAGGAAAGAAUCUCUGAGCCCAAGCUCACGUCUGAAGAACUACAGUUACAGGAGGACUGAUGACUCUCUCUUGGAUGCUCUUAGACCUCAAGAUUCCCCGAGCCACAGGCGGUCCAACAGUGUCAUCGCCAAGCUCAUGGGAUUGGAAGAAGCACCAGAUGCGACCGGGAUGCUAAUCGCUGACAGCUAUGAGCCUGCAAGAUCACCGAGACCAGCAGAACAAGCCACCCGGAGCGAGCGUCCAUCACGUUCACCCAGGAGCGCUUGCCAGGAUCAGUGUGUGUCGCUACCGAAGAACGAGCCUUCAGCACAAAAAACCAAGCCUUCUCCAAGAAUUCUCACUGAAGCCGCUCCAUGGAGGCAGCAGGAGAGAAGUGCCAGUGUCACCAACAGCAAGGCUUCACAAUGCCGAGACUCUGAGGUGAGGCCAAGAACCCCGUCUCUGUACGCCGAUAUAGAGAGAAGGCUCGGUGGUCUCGAGUUCUCAGAGUGCAACAAGGACUUCAGAGCACUCAGGAUUCUGGGUGCAUUGCAUUCAAAGGAUGCUAAGCCCCAGAACGGCGACGGUGAUAGUGAAUCAGUGGCUGUUCAGGGGCAAAAGGAGGAACUAGCCACCACCAGUUCCAGAAGCUUUGAGUCUCCCAUUGUAGUCAUGAAGCCGGCAAGAACCACUGAGAAGGCUGGGGUCUCAGCUGCUCCUCUUGCAGGGCUCAGAAGCCUCAGGAAGCUGCAGGCCAGAGAUUCAUCCCUUGACAAGAACGAAAGCAGCACAAAUGAGAAGAUCCAUUCUCGCACUGCAAGGGCUCAAUCCAAGUCUGAAGAACCUGCAAGCAUAGCAAGCUCCCCGAGGCCGACAGGCUCAUCAAGCCCCAGGCUGGUCCAGAGGAAGGCAGAGUCAGAGAGGCGGUCCCGGCCCCCAGUCUCACCGAAGUCUCCGAGCAAGAAGUCGAAUGAAGCAGCAUCCCCAAGAGGAAGAACAAGAUCAAAACCUUCUCAAGUGAAGAGCAACCGUGACAAUGAGGUCUCGCAGAGUCCGAGAAGAAGGAUCAGCUUGGCGAAGCAGAUUGAUGUCAGUAUAAUGGAUUGUCAAAAGCCUACGGUUGUCAGUUCAUCAUCCGUUCAACCAAACUACACUGCUGCAACACCACCCCAAAAGAGCCCUUCUUUAAUCCUGGGGUCAGAUCACAGGAUUCAUUCAUUGGAGAAUGUGCCAAGCCCCGUCUCGGUCCUCGACACAUCCUUCUACCAUAAAAGUAUUUCGGAUUCAUUCAAAGAUGGUGAGACACAUACUUCAGAUGAAUGCUGGAAUCCAAACAGCCUGCCAGACACACCGCAGUCAAAGACGAGCAGUGAAGUCAACCAGAUCAAACCGGAAAAUCUAGAAGCCCUAAUUCAGAAGCUUGAACAACUGCAAUCGAUGAACGAUGAAGCUGCAAGCUCUAAAGAUAACCAGUAUAUCUACGAGAUACUCUUAGCAUCUGGUCUUCUGCACAAGGAACUCAGCUUCGCAGCGAUGCCUGGUCAACUAUGUCCAUCCAGCUGCCCGAUCAAUCCGGAGCUCUUCCUCAUUCUAGAGCAAACAAAGCCACACUUCAUUUCAGCAACACAAGCUGUUACUGGAGCUAAGAAGAGUUCUGACCCUAACAUGGAAAAGCUUAACCGCAGAAUUGUAUUUGAUCUGGUAAAUGAAAUUAUAGCUCAGAAGAUGAACAUUUAUAGUUCUGAAAGUGGAAUGGCAAAACUUCUUCGAUCAAGGAAGUUAAGUGGGUGCCGACUUUUCAAGGAAUUAUGCACAGAGGUUGACAGGCUCUUAACCGAGAGCUCACCAGCAAAAUGCUCCGAAGAGGACGAGGCUGAAAACAUGCUGUUAGCUGAGGAUGCAUUGUAUGAUAUGAAAGAAUGGGGGAGCUCUGAUGGUGAGAUACAAGGAAUGAUUUUGGACAUUGAAAGAUCCAUCUUCAGGGACCUUAUUGACGAGGUCAUAGGUGGCGAGGCAACAGAAAAGACGCAAGCUGGACAAUCAAAAUUGCGUAGGCAGCUGUCUUUCAGCAGUACAUAAACUAAAUAUGAUUGGCGAUAGUUGUUUCCGUUUGGAAGCUUAGCCACUAGUAAAUGUAACCCUCUGUAUUUUGCUGUAAGACUGAAUUAUAUAGAAGAAAUAUAAUUAUUCCUGGCCUCAGUGUCAUUGACACUAGAAGAA